GGGGGAAGGGGAAAGGGGGGGAAGGAGGAUGAGAACAGAUAACAGAGCCAAACGACGUCAGUUGUGAACAGAGAGGGAACAAGAGGCAGACGUCCCCUGCGGAACACCAGCCAUGGCGGAUUCGGAGUUUUUCUACGACCCGGCCAAUUGGUCGGUUAGUAAACAAAUGGUAGACGCAUACGAGAAAAAUGGAUACGUUUUAGUCAGGAACAUGCUAAGCCAAGCCGAGAUUCAGAAGCUCCGAACAGCCGUGGAGAGCAGCAAGGGAAUCCAGAGGCACGCAUACGGACGAAGCGACGGGGACAGAAAGAGUCGAAUGUGUGUCUGGAAUCACCCUGGGGACGACAUCACGGGGGUCCUCGCUCGCUCUCCCAGGGUGGCGGGGACCAUGCGGGAGCUUAUGGGCGGAGACGAAGUUUAUCAUUACCACAGCAAACUCAUGAUGAAGGAUGCCAAGAGCGGAGGGGCGUUCUUGUGGCACCAGGAUUAUGGGUACUGGUACUUCAAUGGCUGCCUGUACCCGGAGAUGGCCUCCGUCUUCAUCCCCGUCGACGAUUGCGUGAAGGAAAACGGCUGCUUGCAAGUGCUUGUCGGUUCUCACAAGCUGGGGAGAAUCGAUCACAAGACCAUCGGGGAACAGCUCGGCGCCGAUCCGGAGCGGGUCGAGCAGGCAAAGCUCGCCCUCGAACACGUCCACGUAGAAAUGAAGGCCGGGGACAUGCUCUUCUUCCACUGCAACUUACUCCACACUUCGAACCAGAACAGCUCGGACCUGCGACGCUGGGUGUUCAUCGUGGCUUUCAACAAGAAGGCCAACGACCCUUACAUGGAGCAUCACCAUCCUCGGUACACGCCGCUGAAGAUGGUGGACGACAGCGAGCUUCUGAAGUGUGACGUGAUAGAGAACCUCGAAGGCAAAUGGUUCAUGAAUCCUACAGAAGAUAAUUCGUUCAAGGCAGGAGACAAAAAAUUCCACUAGUCGUUUCUGAGAAGGAGAAUCAGUCCUUAAUGCUACAGGAUUUAAAAAGAAAAUUAUUUGAGAUAAAAAAUUCUGUGUUUACCAUUUAAUUGUAAAACGUUAAACAUUAAUCUGCAUUUUUAGUUAUAGAUCAUUAGGGUCUCAGCAUUAAACCUGUAAAGUUGUUUUGAGUUACUUUAAUGAAAUAAAAGAUGAUUAAUGUU